GCAGUAUGUUAUUAAAGUGUUAACGGAAAGUACUGCCGUUGAAUUGAGCGUUCAUAAUAUAUUCGUUUUCUUAUUUUUCUGUUCUAUUAGUUUCUUGAGGAUUUUAUUGUCUAAAAUAAAGAAUUGGAUAUGACAAAAAUGUACGCUACAAGCAUUUAUAGUAAUAAUCAAACACCUCGGAUUCGUGAUUAUUAUGAUGAAUCUAUUUGUGCUAAAAUAAAGAAAAAUCCUUUGGAUAAGGAUUUUAAGGAUUUUGUUAAACUCAUACCUGCAAAAAAACUUGCUUCAAUUUUGGAAAAAUAUAGCGAUGAUGAAGAAACAUUAAAGUCAUUUGCUUGGAUAUUGGGCUGUGAGUAUAGCAAUAUGACACGCGUUUUAGAAAACUUAUCGGAAUAUAAAGCGUUAAUAAAGUAUAUCCAUGAAUCGGGAUAUAAUGGAAUGGUAAGAUUUCGAAUACUUCAUGACGCUUAUGGCUCGGAAGAGUAUAUACCACCAUCGCCAGUACGAUUGAAUUCAGAAGAGAUGUCGGAAACCGGCAUAAAUGGUUACCUAAAAGAAUACUUUGCUAUUCUUCCAUUGGAAGAGAUUAAAAGACUUCAUGAUAAAAAAAUGGUGCAAUCUCCAGCGUUUAUGAAAUUCAGUACUUAUAUAAAUUCCAAUAAAUAUUAUAGAAUUGUUGAUUCUCUUGAAUCAAGUCAAGAAUAUAAAAAUUUCGUACAGAAAUCAAAAGAAGCUGGAAUUGAUUUUGUCGCUAUACAAAAUCUCAAACUUCGUAUUCUUGGUUUCGGGCCAACUAUAAUGACGGACACGGAUUUAUCAAAUUUAUCAAUGCUACGAGAUCGAAGCUCUCUAGAAGAAGAUUUUUGGGACAUUUUGGGAUUCCUUCCACUCGUCGAGAUUCAAAUGACAAUCAAUAAUUAUGUUCAAUACGAUGAACAGUUAAACGAGACAGUGAAUUUUAUAAAUGAUCAAAGACGAUUCAUUUUUUCGGAAUUACAGAGUAUACCUCAAAUAUGUCAUUUUAUUAACAUGCUCAAGGAAAACGGAUUAGAAGUUGAUUAUUGGAGUGAAAGUAUUGAAAGAACUUGGAAAUCUAUGCCAUCAUUUGUUGUAUCCGAUGAAUGUAUUGUUUCGGGUGGUUUAACUGGUAUGAUUAGUCGAAUAUUAAAAAUUAUACCGAGAAACGAAUUGCACAUUUUACUUCAACAAAAAUUAAGAUAUUCCCAAAGUUUUCGUAAACUAAUCAAUUAUUUGAGAUCACGAUCGUUCAACGAUCUUUGCACUGCUAUGGAAGAAAACGCAGGUCUUCAACGACAUUAUUAUUGGGCUAAAGAAUCUGGACUUGAAAUUGUUUUCGCGAUCGAGUUCAUUAGGAAUCUGUAUUUUUAUCUUACCGAAGAGCUUGGAUGA